AUGGUUGUAGAGGACGGUGCUCGCGCUGCCUGGAUGAAGGCGCUGCUGCUGCUUUGUUUAUGGGAUUUGUGUUAUGGUCAGCUUUCCUAUUCGGUUUCAGAGGAGGCCAAGAAGGGAACCGUUGUUGGAAAUCUAGUGAAGGAUCUUAAUCUCAGUGUGCAGGAACUGGAAUCGCGCAUGUUUCAGCUGGUGGCUGGAUCUAACGCCAAGUAUUUUGAGGUAAAUCAGAAGAGCGGAAUAUUAUUUGUUAAUGACAGAAUAGACCGAGAGCAGCUGUGUGAAAGCAAACAGAAAUGCGUAAUGAAUGUUGAAGCGAUGAUUCACAAUCCUCACAAGCUCUACAGCAUUGAAGUAAAUAUACUAGACAUUAACGAUAACUCUCCAGGGUUUCCACGCCAAUCCAUUAAUUUGAAUAUUAGCGAAAAUGUACUUCCGGGAGAUCGGUUUCCCUUCAUGACGGCACGUGACUUUGAUAUCGGUAGCAAUUCUGUGAAAACUUAUACAAUUAACACAAAUGAUUAUUUUUCAAUUGACACGCAAAGUGAUUCGGCUGAGCUCGUGCUUCAGAAAUCUUUGGACAGAGAGAGAGAAUCGGUGAUCAAGCUCGUGUUGACUGCUGUAGAUGGUGGGACUCCUCCCAGAUCCGGAACAAUGCAGAUAUUUAUCUCUGUACUGGAUAUCAAUGACAACAAUCCCGUCUUCACUAAACCUAUUUAUAAAGUCAAGGUCCACGAGAAUGCAUCUAUAGGAACUAAAAUAACCACUGUUGUUGCUGCUGAUGAAGACGAGGGUGCGAACAGUGAAGUGGCAUAUUCUAUAGUAAAUCAUGAUGGAAACUCCGCGAUAGAUUUAUUCUCCAUAAAUACUGUUUCAGGGGAAAUUACUGUUAACGGUAAUAUUGAUUAUGAAGAAAAUUCUGCUGUGGAACUGAGAAUUCAGGCUCAGGAUAAAGGACAACCCCCGAGAAUGUCCAGAUGUAAAGUACUGGUUGAAGUAGUGGAUGUUAAUGACAAUGCACCAGAGAUCUCAGUUACUCUGCUCAUGAUCUCCGUCAGAGAGGACAUCAAACCUGGCACAGAUGUUGCAUUAAUCAUUGUAUCAGAUAAAGACAGUGGAAUGAAUGGCAAAGUAGGUUGCAAAAUUAUAGCACCGAGUCCUUUUAAAUUACAGCUAUCAUAUAAAAACUCGUACGCUCUUGUAGUGAACGAAGCUCUGGACAGAGAGCGGGUAUCCCAAUAUGAUGUCACAGUUGUAGCAAAUGAUGGGGGAACUCCUUCUCUCUCGAGCAGUACCGUUAUAACCCUUCAUGUCUCUGAUGUGAAUGAUAACGCGCCCUUAUUUCCUGCACCUGUAAUAAAUAUUAGUGUAAAAGAGAAUAGUCCAGUUGGUGGCCUGUUGGCAUCAGUAACAGCAAAAGAUUCAGACAUCGAAGAAAAUGCCCUUGUUUCAUAUUCAUUAAUUGAUUCAGAGAGCAGUAGAGUGUCCAAUCUGAUGAACAUUAACUCACACACUGGUGAACUGUACAGCCUGAAGUCCUUCGACUAUGAAGAAACGAAACGUCUUCAGUUUAAAGUUCAGGCCACUGACUCUGGUGUCCCUCCACUAAGUAGUAACGUGACUGUAAAUGUUUUUAUCCUGGAUGAGAAUGACAACAAUCCAGUUUUUCUCCCUCCUUACUCUGAACCUGGAUCAGUAAACAGUGAGAACAUUCCCUACUCUGCUGAAGCGGGAUAUUUUGUGGCCAAAGUCAGAGUUCUAGACGCUGAUUCAGGAUAUAAUGCACUAUUAUCUUAUCACAUAACCGAACCAAAGGGAACGAAUCUUUUCCGAAUCGGAACCAGCACAGGAGAAUUAAGAACAAAAAGACGAAUGAGUGACAAUGAUUUAAAAACUCACCCACUUAUCAUCACUGUCUCGGAUCAUGGAGAACCUUCACUGUCUACAAGUGUGACUAUUGAAGUUGUGGUUGUGGAAAAUAUGGACAGCCUCCAGCCUUCACUAAGACAAGUGCCAGUAAAGGAGGAUAAUUUCUCUAAUCUGAAUCUGUAUCUGCUCAUCGCUAUUGUCUCAGUGUCAGUGAUAUUUUUACUGAGCCUCAUCGCUUUAAUAGCAUCUAAAUGCUACAGGACAGACGGCGAUUUCAGCAUCUCCAGUGCUCCAGUGGUCACUACACACCCUGACGGGAGCUGGUCUUACUCUAAAUCCACUCAACAGUAUGAUGUGUGUUUUAACUCAGACACAUUGAAGAGUGAUGUAGUGGUUUUUCCCUCACCAUUUCCACCUGCAGAUGCAGAGCUGAUCAGCAUUAAUGGAGGAGACACUUUUACUCGUACUCAAACUCUUCCCAACACUGGGGUGGUAAGACAAUGCACUUAA